AUGACCCGCCUCCGUAUGCCUUCCACGGUAACCACAUGGGGCUUCAUCAUGAUCCUCAUCAUCUUCUUCCUCAUCCUCACAGUCGGUUAUGGACAUCCUCGUGGGGCUCUGAGCGCCCAGGCUGGAAUCAUGCCCACUGUCCUGCACAGUGGAAGCGGGAAACUUUCUUUUGGCUCUUUGCUGCACCUGCACCGAUGUCUGUUUUCUCAGCCUGUCACAGACAAAUGGCAGGAGGGCGAGACAUUCCAGCUCGGACUCCUCGCAAUCCCACUCUUCCGUGGUGUCGGUCAGUGGCAGCCUUCAUUCCCGGAGCUCCAGCCCAGCUGCUUCGCCCACAGACACACAGUCCCCAGGCAGGAUCAACAAGGAGGGGAGCGGUGGCCUCGAGACAUUUGUGGCGGCAGGUGUGGGAGGGACAAGGAAGGAGGAAUGCAACAGACUGAUCAUCCCACAGCUGCCCGGUGGCAAUUGGAUAAGUGGUUGAAUAAGGCCAAGAAAAAAAGAGCUCCAAGUGACCAUUAUCCCACCCUGAGCAUUCCUGGAAACCCAACCUCUCCACGCACACUACGAGCACCAUCUCCGGCAAGAUGCUGGGACAGCAAUCACGAAUACAGCCCUAGCCAAAGCCCUAUUCACAGCCUGCAGUUGAGCCACAGACCUAACAGUCCCGAUUACGGCUUCUGUCCCAGCCCGCUCUCUAGCACCUGCCCGAGUCCGAGCAAUAGCAGGUACAGUGCCUUACUGAGUCCGGUUCCAAGCGUUUUCCCAAGUCCGUCCAGGAGCCCAAGUACACGUCAUUGCUUGGAGUCAAUUCAGAGAGCACCUUUAGGAAGCCCCACUUUAUCCCCUUUGCAGAGUUACCACUCCACUGAGGUUCAGAGUCAUCUGUACGCGGCAAAACCGCAUCACAGGACAAAAGUAAAGUCACGGAUAGGCCCAUUGUCUAACGCCGAUGCCAAAACCAAGCACAUAAAUAGCACAGAGCCUCCCCCUCAUCCGCGCAGGCCCGAAGCGAGGCCCACAGAAAACAGGGACUACAGACAAAACAAAUCCAAAGCCGUUUUAAACUCCAGUGACAGUCGCAGGCCACAGAACAAUUCCCAUCCAGGCACUAAAAAGCCAGCCAAACACACAUCACAUUUCGAGCAGAUCCAAGGAGGCCGACCUGGCCACAGCUCUAACCACAAGACUCGACCUCUAGCUCAACACAGUUCCCAACACGGUUCCACGAGAACAAAGCACCAGCUUCCAACUGGCUGUGAAACCCGUGUCGGUCAAGAUUCGAGCGCUAAGGCUGCCAGUAAUAAUCACUCGAGACUAAGUCAGAACCUUCAUCUGUUGGCCAAGUCGAGUGCUGUUAAUGUUAAUCCUUCAAAAACAUCACAUAAACAGUCCCAGGCCAGAAAACGUGAGGUAGUUCCUAACCCCGAAUCCGAGGGGAGGAAAGACAAAAGAAGGGGAGAUAGACACCGGGAAGGGCAGUCGAAGGAAGACAGGAGGCUGGCGGAGGAGCAGCUCCUGAGACGUCGCUGGAUCGAGAGUUCUGCAGAAGAGGAGGUAGAGGAGGUGGUAGUUGUCGAGAGGCAGAAGAGUAGGCCUCGUGAAAAACACCAAACAGUCCAGUCCAAAGAGCGACACCGUCAUCAAAAAAGCACACACCUCCAAAGAAGACCUGAGAAAGAGAGGACUCAACGAGACUCUUCGUCUUCACUCAGCCCUCUUCCUCAAAGACAGUCGCCCUCGUCCUCUGCUUUGUCCAAUUCCGAUUCAGAAUAUCAGCCUCAAGUUGCCAAGGUUCCGGCAGACUCCACUUCACUCCAGAGACUCCGCAAGAAAGGCCAACACAGCUCAGGUAGAUCCGAUGCCAACAAGUCCAGAGGAACGAGCUCAGAGAGUCCGGCAAAAGGGCAGCCAAGUGGGACUAGGCAAAAACUCUUCACCCUUGUCCCGUUCGGGCGAAGCGAGAAGGCUUCAGCGCCUUCCCAACGCGGUCUUAGAAACCUGGUGGUCCAUAUAGACCUCUGUCUGCUCAACAGAGUCCCGGACACGGAUGUUAAUUUCACAGUUAACGGCACUAACUCUUCUUCUUUGACAAGAAAGGAUUCGCAAACGGAGGCUAUGAAGCAUCUUUAUAUGCCAGAUACUGUCUCCAAAGACAGCAAAAGAAAACGCAAGAUGGAGAAUGGCGCCUCCCAUAAAGAAAGCAAGCGGAACACACCGCAUGCAAAAGACGUUGGUGGUCGCACAGAAUCAUCAGCACAUGCGGCUGACCUCGGCUUUUCAACUGAGACCAUUCAUAAUGGAUAUUUGGAGGAAUACUUGGACAAUAAGCAUCCUUUAUCUCCUCUGUCACCACUGUCUGACAGCCCCGAGUCCAACAACCUUUCAUCCAAAGCAAAAAAUGGCGAGGUUUAUCACAAGAACAGAGAUAAGAACAGAGAUUCAGCAUUAAAGCCAAAAAAGGAGGUGGAUAGUGUCAAAGUGUCCAGACGGCAUUUGUCAGAUUCCUGGGGCCCCGCAGGACACAGAGCGGCCAUGUCAAAUGCAGAAACGCCUCACCACGCUGAGUACUACCUACACGAAGCCAAAAGAAUGAAGCACCGUGCAGAUGCUAUGGUGGACAAGUUAGGGAAGGCUGUGAAUUACGUUGAUGCUGCUCUUUCUUUCAUGGAAUGUGGCAAAGCGAUGGAGGAAGGCCCACUGGAAGCAAAAUCCCCCUACACCAUGUAUGCAGAGACAGUGGAACUUAUCAGGUAUGCAAUGAAGUUAAAAAGCCACUCUGGUUCUGGAGCCCGACAAGAAGACAAACAGCUGGCAGUGCUCUGCUUUCGAUGUCUCGCCCUCCUCUACUGGCAGAUGUUUCGUCUGAAAAAGGACCACGCUCUGAAAUACUCCAAAGUACUGCUCGACUACUUUAAGACAUCUUCCAAAGUGCCUCCGCUGCCAUCCAGCUGGAAUGAUACGGGGAAGGAUACAGGAGGACCCCCUCCACAUUCCCACCUGCCUGAUGCCACCAAACACAUCCGGCGAAGUUCACACGGGGACAGCACCUCCCUCUCACUCAUAAGCAUUCCUCAACGUAUCCACCAGAUGGCAGCAAACCACCUAAACAUCACCAACAGUGUCCUGUACAGUUACGAGUACUGGGAGGUUGCAGACAACCUUGCAAAGGAGAGUAAAGAGUUCUUCAACUAUUUGAAUACACUGUCCGGGCCACUGACGCUUCACAGCAGCAUUGCUCAUGCGGUCCAGUACACCAGGCAAGCUCUUCAAUGGAUCCGCAUCAGUGCAAAACUUAACUAA